GGACACGCAGAACAAGCGUUUUGAAGGGGACUAGACGUAGAGGUCUAUGAGCAUGUAAAAAACAUGGCAUCUCAACGGUUUUGGUGUCUUUCUUUCAUCUUGACUUGGAUAUUUGUAUUUUUCCUCCCUUCUGUGCGCUCUGAAACAGUACAACUGGAAAACACAGUUUUUGUAGCCCUCAAAGGUGAAGAGCUCAGUAUUAAAUAUAAUGUGACAACACCAGCAAACCAAACCGAAGCUACCAUGAAAUGCUACAACCCAAAUCAGGAGCAGAUAUAUGAAAUCCCAGCUGGCCAGCUAAAAUGGAUUGAUGUCUUGGUGCUGAAAAACCUGACCAUUACAGGAGAAUAUUUUUGCGAAUACAAAACAGCCAAAGCUUACUGGUUUCUCCGAGUGAGAGAUGAGGGCUACAAGGAGGCUAUAAUGUGGGAUUACAAAGAAAUCAUCACACUGACCUUCUUCACUAGUGUGCUGCUCAUUUUCAGUGUGGUCGGCUCAUUGUAUGUCUUCAGAGGAUAUUGGAAAGAAAAGAUCACUGACAGUGGCAAAAAACAAAAGCAGAACCAGGAAGAAAGGAAGGAGGGCGAGUUGAAGGAGGACCAAGAGGAUGUAACGUCUUCGUCCUCUUUCUAUGCUAGUCUCGAGCCUCGACCCAGGUCCAUUUAUGGUGUGCUGGACUACUCAGCUACCGAAACAGUACCAGACCAAAGCAAAGCUGCACAGAAAACCGAGAAAACCCCCGAAACAAUGAUGCAAACAACAGAAAAGAAGGAUGAGGAUGUUUUUGAGUCCGUCUAUGAGAACUUCUGAAUCAUUAUACAUUAUAUUAUUAAAUUAUUAUUACUAAUGCAGUGACAUGUAAGCAGCAUUUUAUUGUCAUAGGUGGUUUCAGGGGAGCUACAGGUACCCAUUUAGAUACUGUUGGGUGAUUUACUUACUGUAUAGCAACGCUUCAUAUUCUAUACAUUAAUUACAGGUUUUUAAAAGCUGAAUAUGCAAAUAAUUAUUAACUAUAGCUAACAAAUAAAUGUUGCUUAGUAAAAUGUACAAUAAGAUUUAAAAAGCGUUCUAUUUCCCUAUAAUUUAUAGGUAUUUAGUAGCAAGUACCUCAGAACUGUGCCUAGCUUUAGAUAGAUAGCCUAUUACUAAAAAUAUCCAAAAGUUGUACAAAUAAAACAAAUAUAUGUAUACAGAAAAAUAAAAAUAAAACUUGC